AUGCAAUGCGAAGUACAGUUCGAUGAUAUUUAUGAAUUUCCUCCAGAAUUACUGGAUUUUGCAUUGUUCAGUUGCGUUUGUCCCGUUUUCGUACCAUCCGCUGAACAACUGAAUAUCUAUAAAGCUUUCAUUGGACACAGAUCUGACAGUGCCGCGAAAGCUUUUCGAGAAACCAGUAUAUGGCUCCUACCACGGGAUGCUUGUUCAUUUGAGUCGACAUCAUUAAUUUCAAACGUUUCUUUUCCAGAAACUGUAUCAAGAUCGUUCGUGGUGUUGGGGUAUAUCCGUGGCCGGUUACUGGUUGAAAAUGAUGACCUUUAUGAAGAUUUGCAGGACAUUGUUUCUGGAAGGCUGGCAAAAAAUAAGCUGAGCGAUUUCGCUAAAGGAUCCGUCAGAUCUGAAAUUUCCGAAGAAGACACAGUUUCAUGGACAGCCAGUGGACAAAUGGAUGACAGUUCCAGUAGCGAACUGACUUGCUGUUGCUCUUUUACGGAAAAAGUAGAAAAUCUCUUCAAAUCCUCGGUUGCGCAAAAGACGCGAGUUGUUAGCCGUACGUUUUGCAGAAGAAAUUCUAUCGCAUCAAAAGAAAUCAAAUACGGUCAGCAGUACGGUGAUAUUCUUUGCAGUUACAUGGAUACUGAAGCGCGUACUGAAUAUGACAUGGUGAAGGCCCAAACACUGUUCACCCAAACAGCGUUCAAACAGUACAAACCUGACAUGAUUCCAACAAUAAUAAGUGUCCGCUUCGAUAAGAGAGAUCGGUCAUCGGGCAGAUUUUGGGUUGUCAACAAGAAUAUAUUCUCAAUUGUUGAAAAGGUAUUAAAGAAAAGUACCAGAAGGAUAAUUGGAUUUCCACUGCUACAUCAAAGAUUAGAUGAUGUUCCGAUCAGACAAAUACCAUGUGUUGUGCGUACUCGAGCUGAAAGUGCUUAUAAAGCUUUCUAUCGCGCAGUUCCUUCUCGGUACGAUGCACGCACAAAGAGAUUUUCAAUUUUUCUGGUGGAUUUGGGUUGGUUUAAAUGGGUGCUGGCUAAUGAUGUUAUUGAUAUAUCCGCCAUGAACAAAUCUAAUCCAAUUCGGAAUCUACCAGUAGCAAUGAUACAUUGUCAAGAGGAUGUGACCACUGUACUACAUGCCAAGGAUCUCUCGAGGGGAACAAAUUGCUAUAUAAGAGUGAAAAGAUGCCCGAUUCAAGAUGUAUGUUUGGUUGACUUGCUGAAAGCUGGCAGGACUAUCGACGAUAUGACUGGCAGUAUGGGAGAGAUGGAAGGGACUUCGUCAAGCGGCAAGCCGCCCAGUGAAACCCAUGAGCGACAAUUGAUGGCAUCGAUGAUGUUAGAAACACUGAACACUGAAAACCAUUAUUUGGCAACACAAACUCAACAUACUCGGUCGCUUUGUUGUCUUCCUCCAUUUUCGAUGAUAAUGCCAGUAGUCUUACCAAUGAUGAUGUCAAUGCCAGUCCCGAACACAGCUUUACCAUCUACUGGAUAUGAACAGACUCCGAAACUUCAAAAUUCACAAACAAGGAAUAUAGGGAAUACCCGCAUUCCUCAAAACAGUGCUAAAUAUUCAGUUUGUUCUCGAAAUUAUAUCCAUCAAAGAUUUCGAGGCAAUAAUUUGCAAAAUAUACAGAGAGAAUGGUAUGACAGCGAUUUAUCGGAGAGAAAUAGAGUCGGUUUUAUAUCGGGAGAUGGCAGGACAAGAAAUUCCUUUGAUAGGGGUAGUGGUGGCUUGUCUUUGAAACAUGCAUCAAACUAUUUCUAUUGUGCUUCAUAUGCUCUGGGUCGUCAUGUCGGUGAAUUAGUGAUAUGUUCAGGCCCGUCAAUGCAUCCAACAAUACAGGAUGGUGAUUUGGUAAUUGCUGAACGGCUUAGUGUCCAUUUACGUAAUUUACGACGUGGUGAUAUUGUUGGCGCUUUGGCACCUCAUGAUUCGAGCGAAAUGCUUUGCAAACGUUUAACAGCUAUGGAGCAUGAUACAGUGACAAAUUGCUAUCUGCUACCAAAUGGGAAGAUUCCACGGGGGCACGUAUACUUAGAAGGUGACAAUACAGUAGCUUCUACCGAUUCUCGGGUUUUUGGUCCAAUACCGGCUGGCCUUGUACAAGUUCGUCUGAUACUCAGGAUAUGGCCCUUCUCAAGAGCUGGAUGGAUAUCGACGCACUGGUUCUGGGAGAAACCAAACGAGUAA